AAUUCCGAUCAUUCUCAGUUUCAUGAAGUGAUUUCGUGAUCAUAAUCCAUACCUGGUUAUUUUCUCGUAGGGUUUUUCCGACUUGGAAUCUUUAAAUUUAUCUCUCGUGGUCUCUUUGUAAAUUUUGAGAACCCUGUGAAAUGUGAAAAUUCGGUGUUUUCGUUUCCGUUGUCGAUGAAGCACGAACCGAUGAUGAAUUUAUUGAGGCUUGUUUUGUGACUGGAAGGAAAAUAUUUAUGCUUGAUCAGCGAAAUUAUCAGUGUAUUGUGCCUGUUUCCUGUGAUUCUUAGUCGUGAAAUGUGAUUUGUAAUUAUCAAUUACCCUAGUGUUUCGUCCCGGAUUUUUCGGAUCCAUCCUCACGAGGAGAAUCAAGAUGUUCAAAGUUGGAUUAAAACUUCUUCUGCAUCGGCAGUCAGCCACUUCCAGGACAAUAAUUCAUUUCUAAAUAUUUAAGCUUCCGGAUUGAAUGAGUGAAGACUCAACCGACGGUGACAGUAUGGUGUCCACGCAGGGAGAGAUUAGAGUUGGUCCCUCACAUCAGGCACGUCUACCUGAUUUCCGGCCGAGCGGAACAUCAGAGACUGUUGCUGAGAAAGAAAGAGAAUGGGAGGAAGUGCGCUGGGUGCCUGCUAUGACAUUGGAUGGUGAUCUUCUCAUGUAUUUGCGAGCGGCCCGCUCCAUGGCUGCCUUCGCUGGGAUGUGUGACGGCGGAUCUGCUGACGAUGGUUGCAUGGCAGCCUCUAGGGAUGAUACCACUAUCAAUGCUUUAGAUAUGCUCCAUGAUGCUGGUUAUCAUCCGGGGAAGGCGCUGCAAGCUCUUGUUAAAUGCCCAGUUCCUAAAGGAAUAGAUAAGAAGUGGUGUGAAGAAGAAACAAAACGUUUCGUGAAAGGCUUGAGGCAAUUUGGAAAGAACUUUUUCCGUAUUAGAAAGGAUUUACUGCCUAACAAAGACACUUCGGAACUUGUCGAAUUUUAUUAUUUGUGGAAAAAGACACCUGGAGCAAACAAUAAUCGACCUCAUAGACGAAGGCGCGGAUCUCUGCGUAGAAUUAGGAACACACGCAAUACACGGGCCGGAACACCCAAAGAGGAACCCGGUGGAAAUGGCAUCGGAUCUGCUCGGCCAUCUCCUAAUUCCAAAGAAACAGCUGGUGAAGGUGGUAGUUCAGGAAGUGAUGAAGAAAAUUCUGAAGACGACUCUGACACUAGUGGCUCUCGUUGUCAGCAUUGCUUUAACACAAGUUCAAGAGACUGCCAACCACUCACAUCUGGUCCAAAGCAAGGGACUCUGUGCUGCCCCGAUUGUCGGGCAUACUACAAAAAGAAUGGUGAGCUGCCGCCUGUUCCCAACAACCGAGCAGACAGUUCAUAUUUAUUCAGACCCGUGCAAAACCAUGACUCACCGGAAAGUUCACCCUCACGCAUGCGGACGCGUAACAAGUCGAAAGAAACACCUACGAAGGGAUCAAAGGGGAAGCAGAGUGGAACAACAACUCCUGAUGCUGAGUUAGAAAAGAAACUAGGCGGAAAUGCUGGUGGCGUAAAAUCUCCAGGAACGUCGAGUAAUUCUAGCUCGCCAAGUGAUAAAGCCAAGAAAAAACUCAAAGUUGAUACGCCAGUUAAGAGACGGAAAAAGUCAGGAGAGGAAGAUGAUGAAGAGUCGAAACCAAAAAGAGAUCGUCUGGAAAGCCCAGCAGAAUCGUCAGAUAGCAGCAAUGAAAAUGCAGAUGAUGUGGACAUGGCAGCUCCAAACAGUCCAACAGCAGCUUUGGAAUUGUUGCCAAAUCCUAUCGCUGCACAACCAACUGCACCAGCUGUGAGCGAACCUCCCAACUCUUCACCAGUCGCCACACUCCCCGCAAAUCCACCUCCUGCCCCACCUGUACCAUCAGAACCUCAGCCUCUUGUUGAACCAAAAACAGAAUUUCUGCCUCCAGUAGUACCCAAAGUUGAAGAAGAGGAUUCAUAUCCUCUGUCAGUGCUCACCAAGAACUAUGAACCAGGAAUGGGACCGUUACCAAAAGGCUUUGAGGAAAUCCCUCCGCCUAAAAAUCCAGUGAGUGUCAAACAAGAAGACUUGUUCGAAGCACCACGGGUAAGUGAGAGCGAGAUGGCAUCUAGUGCCCCUGUGGCGCAAUUGAUAUCCAUACCUCCUGCGCCUGAGACAGUCCAAAUGUUAGAACCAGAGGCACAGCCUGCAAAAGUUAACGAGGUUCAGCCGUUCAAUGAAGCUCCUGUGAUCCCACCUGAAACUGAGCCAAGGGAUCUGGUCGCACCAGACACUGGUGUUGUCAUGAGCACCAGCAGUAUUAAACUUGACGAAUCAGUGCCUGUUCCUAGUGAAUCGAUUCUUAGCACCAGUGUUAGUAAUGAAGUACCAAAAGCACCUAGUCCAGUUCUCCCCGCCAAUAACCCGCCAGAUGUCCAGAAGUCUCCGCAUUCAAUCCUUGUUCCAGCUUAUCCAGCUGUUGAGCCCGGCGAAAGGUCUGAAAAAGUAACAUUGAACAUUCCAUCAGUCCCGCUUUCGAAUUACCCAACACUCUAUCACCCUCACUACCCGCCAAUGCAUCGAAUGGACAAAGUAAACAGCCCCUCGCCGUACAUGAGCUCCAAUGUUCAGAUGGAGCCUCAGAAUUUGAAGAUCAAGCAAGAGGUAUUACCUCCGGACCAAAUGCCAACCACUGUUGACCCUCUUCAAUCUCUGAAAGAGGUGAAGGUGCCUGGUUACUCAGGCUCCACGUCAAUUUCUCAACCGUUGUUACCCACAACGAUAUCAUCUGUACAGCCGGCAAUCAAUGAGUUCACACGCACCGAGUCUAACUCACCUUUAAUGACAAGCCCAGCUGUUGAUAACAUCAAGCGUGAAAGAGAAAACUACACUCCAAUACGAGCAACGACACCCAAAUCCCACUCCGUAAAAUUAUCGGAGAAUACAACACCCACAUCAUCGCCUGUUCCUAAUGUGGCAUCACAUACGCCACCAUUCCCUGCUCCUGCAGCACCACCAGUCUCGCACAGUGCAGUCAACUUGAUUGCACCCUCUCCAACAAGUUCAGCUAGCACUCCGACAUCACUGCCUCAGCCUGUGAUGCAUCCCGCACAACAACCGUCACCCCUCAGCCGGGUUUCGCCGGGGCAUUUAGCCCACCCUCAUGCAUUUAUGCCAUCGAUGCACCACCCGCACCCAUCAUUGAUGCAUCAUCAUCCGUUCUUUGCGGCAGCGGCUGCCCAUGCUGCUGCAGCUGCCGUUCACAGUCCGUAUCAUCCCUAUGCAGGGUAUCCAUAUCCCUUUGCUGGGUACCCAUACGCAAUUCCUCAGCCGGUUCCUCCACCAUCCCGCGGUGACCAGAAGAGAGACCUCGAGACAACAACUCUUAUGUCUUCUCAUCACUCCUCCUCCUCCUCUGUAACGCGAGGACGGGAAGAAGAAACCCUCCAGAUGCAUUCCUCCACAUCGCAUCAUUCGGUCCAUCAUUCUACUGACAAGCAGCAAACCAUAUCUCACUCCACCACCUCAAGUAGUUCUGUUCAUCAUAAGUUGAAGCGAACUGGGAGCCCAGCAUUGCCUCAGUCAUCGGGAAGCUGCCAUAUGUCCACAACACUAUCGCAGUCCUUGUCGACAAGUCAUGGAAAUCACCAUCAACAUAAUCAACACCAUCAUCAUCAUACAUCUCUUGCACCACCGCCUCCAGACCCAAUGCAAUUAGCUGGGAGAAGCAGCAAACCAAUGCCGCCAGCAAUCGGACUGACAUCACCAGAUGCUUUAAGAUUACAUGGAUUAGGUCCUGGUGUCCCACCUGGAAGUUACUUGAGCCCUGAAUUCGGGAUGGGUCAAGAAAUGAUGAAACCCCCUGAGUCUAAUGAAGAUCUGGUGAUGCAAUCACAAGAGGAAGAAGAAAUUCCAAGUCCGACGCAUCACAUUCCAAGAGGGCCUUCGCCAGAACCUAAAAUCGAGGAUACAGAAUGUCAUAGGAGUCAAAGUGCAAUUUUCUUACGGCAUUGGAAUCGAGGUGAUUUUAAUUCAUGUACGCGGACUGAUCUCACUUUCAAGCCUGUGCCCGAUUCAAAAUUAGCGCGUAAGAGGGAAGAAAGGCUAAGGAAGCAGGCAGAAAAAGAAAGAGAGGAAAGGGAGAAAGCACAACAGGCCAGACAGCAACAAAGAAAAAUUCAAACACCCGAAAAACACGAGGCAAAACCACCAUCUAGAGGUCCCGUGGAAACUGUCACCUCACCAUACGAUAGGUUUGCUCCUCGCACCAGCUAUCCUGACACACCUGCUCUGAGGCAAUUAAGUGAUUUUGCUCGACCACACGUAGGCUUCUCUCCUGUCUCUCUACAGCGUAUUCCGCCCCAGUGUAUCGAACCAGCACUUUUACACUAUCAGCUAAAUCCUGCUUUUAACAGGCUUGAAUUGGAGCAGUUAGAGAGAGAUAAGCGCGAGAGAGAACUAAGGGAACUUCGAGAUCGAGAACUCAACGAUAGGUUCAAAGAAGAGUACAUCAAGAACUCAGGCCCGCGAUUGGCCAAUCCUCUUGAUCCACACUGGCUUGAAAUGCACCGCAGGUAUGGAAGUUUAGGUCCUUCAAGUGCAUCAGUUGCAUCUCCCGCGAUGCAACAAUUUGGCAUCUUUCAGUCGCAGAAUGCCUCUAAUCAGGCUGUCGGGUUGAAUCCUCUAGAAAGAGAGAGACUUGAAAGGCUCGGUGGAGGAGCCGCACCGAAUGUGGCAAGUGCGAGCGAAGCAGAACGUCUAGCGCUGGCAACGGACCCCAUUGUCCGACUCCAGAUGGCCGGUAUCACGCCUGAGUACCAUGCGCAUACUCAUUCGCACUCGCACUCGCACUUGCACCUACACUCAAGGGAGCAAUCGUCCCAGCCCGGGCCAACACCUCUCCCAGUCCCAAUCCCGAGCCAUGCUCACGGGCCUCCAGAAGCAUCGCUCUUCUCGUUCCCAGGUUCAGCUUCAAGUGCGUCAUCAUACCCUCGGCCAGGACUCAUACCAUCUCGAGACACACCUCUAGGCUUGCAUCAUCCAAGCGAUCUCCUGGCCCGACCAUUUGCAGACCAACUGGCGCACCAAGCAGUGGCGCAUGAGCAUCUCCAGCGACAGAUACUGCUGGAAAGGGAACGCUUCCCUCACCCUCUUGUCACAGCUCAACAUGAUGAAUACAUCAGAAUGAGCCGAGAACGCGAACUGAAAGUCAGAGCUUUGGAGGAGGCAGCUCGUAACUCCCGACCAUAAUCUUUACAUCAGUCCUCGGCUGACUCUCUGUUUUUAGAUUCCUUUUAUAAUCGUUAGACUUCCUCCAAUGAAAUGAAGCUUCAUUGAACUCAAGUUUUAGCAAGAAAUUAAGAUUUUCUUUCAGAUCUCUCUUUUCUCUUGUUUUAUUUUUCUCUAUGUUUGUAAAAAUGUUUCUGAACCUAAAAAUACCCACGCCGUAUAGCCCUAAGGAUUAUUUUGGUGCAUCAUGAAGUUGUAUAAAUUCUAGAUUUAUAAUAUAUUUGUGUAAAGUAAUAAUGUACCUAUUUUAUACUGUUUCUAUAGUUUAUUAAAAUGUGAUCAUAUUUAAAUGGUCAAAGGCCCUUCUUCAUGCUCAAACUGGAGUUCUCCAUGAGGUACAUUGAUGCCUUUUCAGGCCCUUUUAUUGGCCAACGGUGCAAGUUGGGGUAAUCAAUGAGCCUCUUUGAAGCCGCUAGUUUGUACGUGGAGAGGAACCCAAAGCAAUCAAGUGCCAGAUGAGAGCUGGCACGAAGUUGAUGUAUGUAAAGCAGGAAUACUGCCAAACCAUCAGUAUUUUGGAAAAUGGCUCUAAGCUAAGUUUUACUAAUUAACUCUGCAGAUUUUUGAUAACUUGAACCUAAUUUCAAAUGUGAAAACAAAAUAAUCCAGGACUGGUUUUUUUUCAUCCAAUUUUUAGGUGUUUCAAAAAAAAUCAAAACUGAUAACGGUCAGUUAUCUAAUGUAUUAUAGUUUCCUUUUCUUUGUAUUGGUAGGUUUUCCUUUUCUUUUCCUCUUUGAAUGUUUAAUUUCUUCCAGUUGAAUAAGGACGUUGAGCUCGGAGCGCUGAUUAAAAAAAUUUGUCACAUGAGUUCUCAAAGAAAAGAGGAGAAAAAUGAUUUUGUUUAUUUUUUCCUCAGAAUCAAAUUUUCAGACAUUCUCGAAGAUGGCUUUGCUCAGAGAAUUAAAAAAGUAUUUUCUCUGGAAUUGCGCAACUAAACUUCCAAAAAAUAUUAAUUCAGCAUGCUGCAAGCAUGCAUGCACUUUUUAACAUUCCUGAUUCCCAACCAUUUUUUUCCAUUCUAAAUGGGACUGUCAUUUUUAGUUUUUAACUUUUCCUUUUAUCUAAAUAUUAUUCUAUCCACAAGGUUAUUCCAUGAUGCCUUGCAGACUAAUCAUACCAUACAUCCUAAGUUCUGGAUACUAGAGGAUCAUAAUUCGUUCUGUAAAUAUAACCGAAAACAAAUGUGACACUUUAAAAAAAAUAUUGUAUUUUUGGCAUAAUGGACACUGACAACAGGUUAUGUUGUCGGCCCUGAUUAUUGUCACUUUCCCUUUUUGCUUUCUUCUGAUUUUCUAAUCAUCAAGCUGCUUCCUUUGAGUCGUAGUCAUUAUCUCUUGAUAUUUGUUGAUAACGGACCACUAGACGGGGUGCAAAUUUAAGCAUUCCGAUCUAUGCCUCCUAAGCAAAAGUUCACAUUAAACUUGAUCUACGCAAGGAAACCAACUUCGAAGAUUUUAAGUUUCACGAGUUUUCGACUCCCCGUUCACAAGAAAAAAAAAUAGUCUACUGGAAUGAAAUUGCCCACUUAAACGGUUUUUGCAUCUCAAUCAAGCAGUGUUCCUUCCCCUGUGUUGUUCAAAAUACAAACAACGUGCAAUAGCUGAGCCAAAGUGCCGAGAUUGAGGUUGCCAUAUUUUCAUACCGUUGAGACUUCAGUAAAUUUUAGUGCGCAAUUUGACUUGUAUGGGCUUGAAUUUUUUUAUGAGUGGGAAGUUUGAAUCCAUGCAUCAAAAAACAUUAGAUAACUUAGGUAAAGGGUAAUUUCAGUAAUUUUCUUUGCAUGAAUUGCGUUCUAUGUGAAAUUUUGAUUGUAGUAGAUGUAUCAGAAUGCUUAAAUUCGCAACUUGUCUGGUGGUCCGUUGAAAUACCCAAACGUGUUUUCUCCACCUUGCAUUUGGAAGAACUGUAUAUAAAUUUGAUUGUAAAAUGUGCACCAAAAAUGUGAACGUCUUUCAGUGGACGCAUUCACGCAUAAGAGGCCCAUUUACGUAGGGAACCCUUAGCAGAUGGACUUCUUCUACGUAAACGCAUCCAAAUAUUAGCUCCUUCUCAUGCUUUUAUAAUUAGCUAUAAAUGUUGCUUGUAAAGGAGUAGUGAUUGUCAUUUAUAUUAGGCACAAAUAUCAGCACUGUAUAAUAAUAAUAAUGUACCUUCUUCGACAAUUUUUCAUAUUUUUUAAGUACCUAGCUGUUAUGUUGCAUAUUAGAUUUCGUCAAGACAAUUCUUCUCUCUCUUUAACGUUGUGGAUUGUGUUCAAUAAUCUUACAUUGCUUUUAGGAUUUACUCCAUUCGUAUCCAAUCAUUGGACGGUAUUGUGAUCAACCAUCUCUCCUCUUAGUGAUUUCAAUAAAAUCUAAUGCUCUUGUUCUCUCCUUGCUAGCAAAUUUCAAUAUGAAUUGUUAGAUUUGUAACGACCUCAUCAUUUCAUUUCAAAUCAAGGUUCAUUUUUUCAGAGAAAUGCUCUCUGGAACUAACAAAAUUCGGUGCUAAUAUUUCAAAAUUUCAUGACAGAAUAUCCACUCACAUUCUCUAGGAAAUUUAAGUGUAUAUUUUGAAAUGCUGCGAUCAGCAUACUCAGUGUUCGAAUUCUAGACGAAAUUUACAUCAGUUUUCUUUUAUUGAGUUAAAGCUGUUCAGGGAUUUAUGAAAAUAGUCUUAAAAACGCUAUCCACGUGUACGUGCAGUGUAAUGUAGUCUCGCUAAAGACUGGGAACGAACAGAGAUGCGAGUCCAUGUAUUUUUGUAAAUCUCCUAGAAGAACAUGAGUGUUUGAUCGUAUGAUUCUCAUUUUAAAGUGCUCCUCAUACCUUUGACAUAUUUUCAUACGAAAGCAGCAAUCAGAGUUCAUGUUUUUUAAUCCUUAAAGAAUGGGAGGACCGCAACUCAAUGACAGAAAAAUUUCAGUGAAUAUUAUCCUCUACUUCCUCUGAUGUCCCAACUUUUACUGAGAGGUCCUCUUUCGCAAAUGCAUUUUUAAUAAUGAGGAUUGGUUCUUUCAUUAACAAGCUCAUCUAACACAAGAACAUGUGACUUAGCUGCUUAUCGACAAGGCAACUCACUAACCAUGUAUCUGGUUUGCGGUGUUUACUAAUUUCCGCUAUUUUAUUUCUUCAAGAAAGAACAAAUCAUCAUCAUUCCUCAAAAUUUUUUGUAGAAUUUGCUCCAGACAGAGAGAAAAAAAAUAAUAGAAGUUUUGGAGAAAUGACGUUGAAUAGUUCUAUAUUUAAAAAUUAAAGUAAGAUGCAAUGUCGCAGUCCAAGAUAUGAGGUUCGGGAGUCUCGCUAUCGUUAUGUUCAACAUGUUGUGCACUGGUAUCGGUAUCCUCUUCCUCACUUACCACUCUUUGUCGUGUAUUCUACAAAAGAUUACUGCCUCAGAUUACUGUUUCACCAGCUAUAGUAAUGUUCUUGUUGAAAUUUGAUUCCAAGGAGAAAUAUGUGAACAUUCAGAAAUGCUGGAUUUCGAACUGAACAUGACUUUUCAGCAAGUUGUUACGAAGCUGAAAUCUAAUUUUCUGUUGUACUUCCUCAUUCGCUCUUUAUUUACUUUUGGUCUUUUGGUGAUUGAAAUGAAUUUCGUGUUGUACUUUUAAGAGAAUAUUUAUUAAUGUGAUAAUUCUAGUAACAAUAUUAUUGCUCUUUCCUGUAAACCAAUUGAGAAUCGGAUUAAUUAACCCAAAUUUAGUAGAAGAAUAUUUGUAGCACCCUUAAACCAUAGUUCUUUUACGUUUUUGUGGGAAUGUGUGAUAAUUUUAAGGGAAAUUAAUGGUUAAAAGCAGCAAUGAAUGAACCAAGAAUCAGUUUGUUUUUUAAUAUUUUUGUAAAUAAAUGUGUUUUUAUUUUUUAUCCCAGA